CUCAUCAUCCAAUUUGCACACUGCUAGAUCCCCCCCCUCCAUUUGUGUCUCCUAUCUGCAUCUGCUCAUCACUCUCUCUCUCUCUCUCUCUCUCUCUGCUGGCCCAGCUUGGUUUCCUCUGCGUGGCUGACCCAGGCGGACUUUUUCGAGCGAGCGUGGGCGCAGAGGAAAGAGGAAGACAAAGAGUUGGCCCAUGCGAGCAGCGUGUGGACUGAGUGCAGCUGUUUCGUUCAGAGCAGAGCCCAACAUGUGAGAAGAUGUCUGUUGGAGGUUGUGCUUGUCCCGGCUGUUCGUCAAAGUCAUUCAAGCUGUACUCUCCUAAGGAGCCCCCCAACGGCGGCAGCUUUCCCCCCUUCCACCCAGGCGCUAUGCUGGACAGAGAUGUGGGGCCUACACCCAUGUACCCCCCCUCAUACAUGGAGCCUGGAAUGGGGAGACCCACACCGUACGGGAACCAGACAGACUACAGGAUAUAUGAGUUGAACAAAAGGCUACAGAACUGGACAGAGGACUGUGACAAUCUCUGGUGGGAUGCCUUCACCACAGAGUUUUUUGAGGAUGACGCCAUGCUCACCAUCACUUUCUGUCUGGAAGAUGGACCCAAACGAUACACCAUCGGCAGGACGUUGAUCCCACGCUACUUUCGAAGUAUUUUUGAAGGGGGCGCCACUGAGCUGUUCUAUGUUUUGAAGCACCCAAAGGAGUCCUUCCACAGCAACUUUGUGUCUCUCGACUGUGACCAGUGCACCAUGGUGACCCAGAAUGGCAAACCUAUGUUCACACAGGUUUGUGUGGAGGGCCGUCUGUACCUAGAGUUCAUGUUCGAUGACAUGAUGAGGAUCAAGACGUGGCACUUCAGCAUCAGACAACACAGAGAGGUCUUACCAAGGAGCAUUUUGGCUAUGCAUGAUCCCCAGAUGCUCGAUCAGCUGGCUAAAAAUAUCACCAGAUGUGGGCUGUCCAACUCCACGCUCAACUACCUCCGUCUAUGUGUGAUAUUGGAGCCCAUGCAAGAGUUGAUGUCCAGGCAUAAGACCUACAGCUUGAGCCCCAGAGACUGCCUGAAGACCUGCCUCUUCCAAAAGUGGCAAAGAAUGGUAGCCCCUCCAGCUGAGCCAGCCAGACAAGCUCCAAACAAGCGGCGGAAAAGGAAGGUGUCUGGAGGAAGCACCGUGAGCUCCGGCGGAGGCAGCAACAACAACAGCAACAGCAAAAAGAAGAGUCCAGCCAACAGCUUUUCACUCUCCAGCCAGGUACCUGACCUGGUUGGAACAAAAACCUGUACAGUGCCGGAGCUUGAGGACCGGAGUUGAGAACCACUACGUUAAAUCUUAAACACACACACACACACACACACAUACACACGCACACACACACACACACACACACACACACACACAUGCACACACCCAGACAAGUGCACACACUAGCACACCCACACACACACACACACACACACACACCACACACACACACACACACACACACACACACACACCCAUACCCUCACCUACACCUACAACAUAAAGCAUUGAGGUACUGGAGAGAGGUGGUACGCAGCAUGUCUGGACCAGAGCACCAGACGCUACAGAAGUGUGUUUUCAUUUUCUAUGUUUUAGACUUGUUUUGAGUUUUUUUUUUAUUUUUGUAAACAAUUUCUAAAAAAUAAACAGACAAGCAAGCAAACAAAAACACCCCAGAAUAUUCUUUGCACUGUUUUCCACUCUUAACUCCAAUCUAUUUUUCUUAUGAAUUGACGUUGUAUUUUUUUUCUUUUCUAUUAUUGCUAAUGUAAGAACUGUAAAACAUCUGAAACCUGCAGUAUAUUAAUGUAUAGGUAUUGCUGUUAGAUCAUUCUUAUUGUGAUGGUAAUAACUUUCAUGUAAGUCUAUGCUCGAUAUAAUGUCAUCCAUCUGUGUCAGACAUCACACUGUCAUCAGGUCCAUUGGCUUCAGUGCUAGAAAACAGGCUGGGGGAGAACAAGGCUAGUGUUUUAAUACUGUACUACAUCUUGUUUGAUGCGAGUCCAAAGCAGCACACUGGAAACCAGUUUACCCACUAAAUUACCAUCCAGCGCCUGGUUUGGAUCUGUUGUCUUGUCAUUGCAGAACUGUUUGCGUUGUCUUGAAAUCUCUAUCUGGGGGUCCUCUAUUCAGAGAACAGAAAACUUCUCAAAUUUGCUACUCAAAAUAUUUUAAAAACAAGUUUUGACAGGAUUGUAAAAUAAGAAAAAAAAAAGACUUUUGUAUUAACUUAAGUUUCCCAGAAAUGUUUUUAAUCACAAUUAAGAAAGCUGCAGACCAAGGAGCUACAUGUAAAGAUUCUUUAGAUAUUGAUUACACUGCGCUGUUUUAUGUUUUAUGAAGAAUCAUUUUGUUGGCUUUACUCCUCAUGUUUGUGUCUGUGCUUGUAUAUUUUUAGCUAGUAAUUUCUGUAAAAGUUAUUCUAUGUAUUCCUCCCUAGAACUAUGAGAAACUCAAUCUAAUGUAAAGAGAUGAAAAGCCUCUUAAAGUUUUUUUAAACGUGAUUUUUAAUGGUACAAUCACUGAUAAAAGAAUUUUGCCCUCAUUUUAGCAAACUGUAUUUAUUUUUCUAUGUACUGACAUUCUGUUUAGGUCCCACCCACCUGUACAAUACUCAUGAUAAUAUAUGGAGGAGUUUGUGGGGCUGCUGAGUCAGUUAAUGCUAAUAGAGGUCAUUCCAUUACUUUUGUUCUUUGACAUGCGGCUCCCAGGUCAUUCUGACCUGUUUAUUACAAAUGUUCAGUAUGUUCACAGUAAAGAGAUAUUUAAUAGCCAUUCUCUGCUGUUGUAGGUUUCUGGUCUAUCUGAAAACUUGUCAGAUGCACUGAAAACCAAUAAAUAACCACAUUUAGAGAAAACGUUAACCUCUUAGUUGUCCUUUUUUUUUUUUUUUUUCUCUGAAGUUGCUCAAGUUUAUGGUGAUCCUCGAGCUCUUCAGAUGCUGGGAAUGUGCCACAAUGGCGCAACCUUUAAUGAGAUUUAAUAAAAUGUACCUAUCAAUCAUA